AUGAACUGAAAAAAAUGUUUCACCAAUCAGACCUCGUUGCCCUCCCUUCACGCACUGAAGGAUUUGGGUUAGUUGCACUGGAGGCCAUUUCCUCUGGUGUUCCUAUCCUUGUUUCUGGUGAAUCUGGAGUAGCUGAGGCUUUGCAGAAGGUUGAAGGUGGAAAUUCUGUUAUUGUAGAAUCAGAUGAUGAUGCUGUUGAAUGGGCACGGAGGAUUAGUGAGGUGUCCAACCAAAGUCCAAAAGAGAGAGAAGCCAAAGCCAGACAGCUCAGAGAGAACUACAGGAAGGUUUACUCUUGGGGAGAACAAUGUGAGAUGUUCAAGGGUCUGAUUGAAAAUGUUGUGAAAACUGCAAAUGAUGGAAAAUCAAAUAUCAAGGUUGAUGUGGAACACAUGAAACUUGCAGAUCAUGACACUUCCAGUACACCUUCAGUUUCCACAAUGGAACCCGCAGGAUGUCAAAUGGCAUCCACACCUCCAGGCACAAACAGAAAAAGACAAUCUGAUACAGAUUUAGAAGAUCUCCAACCAUUUGAAAAGAAAGUCCUAUGCCGAAUUGCUAUGAAUUACCUUGACACUAUACCACCACAGAGCAGGGAUGAACACAAUGAGUUUCAGGAAUACUUGCAAAAAAUGAAGGUCCUUAUCACAGGUGUUUCUGUAGGAAGUUUGGUGAUAACAGUAAAGUGCGAUUCUCUCAAGAGCUUGGAGCAAUUAUGGGAAGAUUACUCAUGUGGCCUUUUGGAGAAGAUGGUUCAAGAAUGUUUUGUGACUGAAAAGAUCUUGAAGGAACUAAACCUGGCAGAGCUGAAGCUGAAAACAACAAUGGACAUAGAAGAGUACAAAGUAUGCAAAGUGUACUUUGAGAAGGAUGCACUCAGAGGUGCUUUAUCCUUUGAAUUCCACCCCAUAAGCUCAACCAGUGAAAGUUCACAAAAACAGGUAGACCUGAAAAAAUGGAAACAGAAGACAAAGAUCGAGGAGACAGUGGAAAUGAAAGAUACUUCAUCCCUCACUGUAAUACCCACCACUGGUCAGGGAAAAGAACUAGGAGAAUCCACAGGAAAUAUAGAGAAAUGGGAAGAUACUUCACUCCUCACCAUAUUGUCCACAACUGGUCAUGGAAAAGAACUGGAAGGAAGACUGAAAAGUAUGAAACUUAAGGAAGAGAAAGGCAUCUUGCCUCUCUCUGGAUCUUCUAUUUUUGAUCCUGUAGAAAAACUAGAAGAUCUUCAAAGAAUGAAAGGUUCUUUACCUUCCUCUCCUCUCUCCACCUUUGAUCUUGAAGAAAAGCUAGCAGAAGUAUAUGUGAAACUUAGAAGGCCGAGAAAGAAACAAGGAAGAAAAGUGGACAGGCUGUCUCCAUUUGAAGGUAGUUCAUUCUCUGUUGCAUUGUCCACUGCUAGUCACAAAGAAGAACUAGAAGGAGAAGAGAAAACUAUGAAUCUUCUGGAAAAGAAAGAUUCUCUACCUUCCUCUACUCUCUCCACCACUGAUCUUGAAGAAAAGCUGGAAGAAGUAUGUGUGAAACUUAUGGUGCUAAGAAAGGAAGCAUUAGAGAACACCAUUAGAUCAGGACUGGUGAAGUUUGAUGUCAGUUUACCCAAGGAACUCCAGAGCUAUGUCAGCUACUUAUUCAAUGAGUCAGCUAAACUUGGCUUACGCAAGCGAGGUAUUUAACAUGGCUAAAAUAACUGACAGUUUGUAAUGGUUUACAAACAUAUUUCCAGUUAUCUAUAUUCUGUCGUAAGAUUGCAGAGAAA